AUGAGCUGUGAACAUGGAGACGCCAGUGAAGAUCCAGCAAAAGAAGCCUUUCUGAAAGCACCGUUUGAAUACGUCAAGAGAGUGCCAGGGAAAAAAAUCAGAACGAAGCUAACUGAAGCUUUUAACAAAUGGUUAAAUAUAGAUGAAGACGUUUUAAUCAACAUAACGAGCAUAGUUGAAUCGCUUCAUAACGCUUCUUUGUUAGUCGAUGAUAUCGAAGACGAUUCAUUGUUACGACGCGGAAAGCCUGUCGCGCACAAAAUUUAUGGGAUACCAAGAACCCUCAACGCCGCUAAUUAUGUUUACAUGCUUUCGUUACAAGAAUGCAUAAAAAUGGAAAACCCAAAAGCUGUCGAAAUUUUUGCAGAGGAGAUGUUAGAACUUCACAGAGGUCAAGGAAAAGAAAUAUUUUGGAGGGAUACAAUACAGUGCCCGACAGAAGAUGAGUACAACCAAAUGGUUUUGCAAAAGACUGGAGGCUUGUUCUCUCUUGCUGUACGAUUAAUGGAAUUGUAUAGUAAGAAUAAAUUUAACUUCAAACCUCUGAUUCGAAAACUUGCACUCUACUUCCAAGUAAGAGAUGACUAUAUGAAUCUUUGUUCUUCGCGGUAUGGCAAAGAGAAAGGUUUUGCCGAAGACGUAACUGAAGGGAAAUUCUCGCUGCCAGUAAUAUUUGCACUUCGUGACCAUAUAAACGCGGCUGCCCCGUUUCGAGAUGACGAAGUUUUAGUGUCGUCACUUCUUUUUAAGCACUUGAUUGAAGAAAUGACAACUUAUUACUUACUUAGAGUAAGUUUAGGUAUUCUUCAACAGAGGCCAACAAAUUAUGAGGUUAAAGCGUAUUUCGUCAACUUACUUCGUGAAAGAGGCAGCCUUAAGAAAACCAUGGAUCGCAUCCAGUACUACUACCAAGAAGUUAUUGAUGAGACUGCGGUUUUCGGUGGUAACGAUAAGUUGAUCGAAGUUCUUGAAAACCUACAUAAUGCUCUUAAGUCAGUUGCUAUAGAAGAAGAAAAGCUUCUGCACCAGGAAGGACACUGA